AUGAAUAAUUUACCAAUGGAUCAAACUGGAAAUAACUUUAAUAAUACUAAUACGAUUUUUCCUACACCUCAAAAUAAUACAUUUGAAUUUUAUCUUCCUUUACCAAAUGAUACGCAAAUCGGUCAACAAUCUGUUGGUUAUCAACAAAACACUAUCCCACAACAAUCUUUCGAUACUAUGAUUAUUCAACCAAAUUUCCAAGAAUAUUCAGAUAAUAAUGCUUACGAUGUAUCAUCUUCAAUUCCUCAAGAUGCUAUCCCACAACAAUCUUUCAAUACUAUGGAUAUUCAACCUGCUUUCCAAGAAUAUUCAGAUAAUAAUGCCUACAAUACAUCUCCAAUUUCUUCAAACAGUCCUGAAGAUAAUUCAAGUUAA